AUCACGUUUUACGUAACAUUGAAAUAUUUAACGAUUAAAGUCUUUUAUCGCGAUUCUUAUUACGUUACAAGAAAUGUUUGAGAACCACUGAGAAAAGCACGAGGAUCGUUGUAUUGCUGUAUUUCAUCAUUUACCGAUUUUUAUGAAAUUAAGAACUAUGGCAUCGUUCGUGGUACCGGUUGCAGCAAGAUUCGCUCGUGUCUCAAUUGAUAGUUUGCACAAUAUAAAUAAAAAUAUAUUACUUAGGUUAACCCAACUAUCACAUGUUUCUUGGCAAAGGCAAGAGUUUAGUACAAUUACUGAAGAACAAAAAUCAGAAACUGGAGCACCUCCAGAAUUCACAGAAAAUGAAAAGAAAUUGAAAGCAGAUAUUGAACUUCUCAAUAAGGAGUUAAUAGAUCUGAAAAGUCAUAAAAAUGACUUGGAAGAUAAAUACAAAAGAGCACUUGCCGAUGGAGAGAAUCUUAGAGUUAGACUAAUUAAACAAAUUGAAGAUGCAAAAAUAUUUGGUAUCCAAGGAUUUUGUAAGGAUCUGUUAGAAGUAGCAGACAUUUUAGGCAAAGCAACAGAAAGUGUCCCAAAGAAUGAAUUAACAGAUAAAAAUCCGCAUUUGAAAACAUUAUAUGAAGGCUUGAAGAUGACAGAGGCACAGCUACAUAAAGUGUUUAGGAAACAUGGUUUAGUUUCGCUAAAUCCUCUGAAUGAGAAGUUUGACCCUAAUCAACAUGAAGCAUUAUUUCAACAGGAAGUUGAGGGUAAAGAACCAGGAACAGUUGUAGUUGUAUCUAAAUUGGGUUACAAAUUACAUGAACGAGUAGUAAGACCAGCAUUAGUUGGUGUUGCCAAAGGAUAGUUCAUGGUUGUUAAUUAAAAGGGGAUUAGAUGUAAUCUCAUAAGAGGUAUCCAUGAAUGGAAUAUUGGCACAUAUGUAUUGUAAUUAAAAUUUUAAUGUAAUACAGCAAAGUAUAAAUAUUACAUUAUUGAUUUAAAAAAACAAGAACAAAUUUUAUGAAAAA